AUGGGCCGCCUCUCAAAGAGGACCAUCCAGUGCCGCGCCGCCCGCCAGCAGCGCCUGCUGAAGCAGCAGGCCGCCGCCGCGGCGCUCGGCGACAGCCGCGCCCCCGGCGCCGGCGCGCAGCGCCCGGCGGGCCAUGCUGCCGCCGCCGCGCACGCCCCGGCCCGCUCGCCCUCGGCGCUGCUUCUGCGCAAGCUCGGGACGGCCAGCCUGCAGCGCUACCUGCAGGCCCACUCCAUCGAUUUAGACCCGGAAUGCGCCGCGGACAAAGAGGAGCUCGUGUCCGCAACUGCCCGCCACUUCAGCAUGUCCGAGGUGGGCGCCCUCCCCGCGGCCGCGGCCCGCCCCGCGGCGCCGGCGCCGCUGCCCUCACCGCCGCGACACCCGUCACUCGACGCCGCGCAGCUGCGGCGGGUGGAUGAGUCAGCGGUGCUGAUCAGCUUUGUGAGGGCGCUGAGGCGCGACAGCUCCUCGGAGAGCAGCUGCUGA